GUUGCCGUAGGACAGGGGAAGACCUUUCCCCCCCAAUAAAUAAAAAUGGUGCCACAAACUGUAAUCCUUAACCAGAAACUUACAAAUGGGCAUUGUGAAGCCACCAGCACUAAUGUCACAUUCAACGAAAUUUUUGUAUAAUUGUAAAACCAUUUUACCCAGUCAAGCCGACUUUUAUUUUCAUACUUACUCUAUAUCCUCAACCUUCUUUGUUGUUGUUGUUUGUUUUUCUUUCCCUUUUCAAACUCAAUUAUCUUCCAAUCAUCCAUGAUCCCAGAUGAACCCUUUAUUAGAAAUUGCAAAAUUUUGGUUCUUGUUGAUCAUCUUGGAGAAAUCUUCUGUUGCUGUAUUUGCUGUUGAUCAAAACUAUGUAGCUUGUGUUCCGAGAAUGUGUGGCAAGCUUAAUGUUAGUUAUCCUUUCUUCAUUCAAGGUCAGCAAGAAUCCGAUUGUGGGUUCCCUGAAUUUGGAAUCAAUUGUAGUAAUCCGGCUAGUCCGAUGAUUCAUGUGCCCGGAAAUGAUUAUGUUAUUGAUGAUAUUUUCUAUCCAAACCAAACUAUCCGGGUUCGUAGUGCUGCAGUUUCAAGUGCCAUCAACUGUACUCUGCCUCAAAUUGGGAAUUUAACAGAGCAAACCCCUCUUUUUGUUACUGAAGGAUCAAGUUUUCUUCGUCUUUUGUCGAAUUGCACUGGAGAAAUCCCUCAAGUGUUGCAGAAAUACAACAAGUAUUAUUGUAAUUCGAGUGAUAGCAAGUCAUGGGGUGUGGCGAUUUAUGAAGAUGAUCAACACCUGAAUGUUACAUUGGAGAUAUGCGCAACAAAUGUGUUAGUACCUGUCGAAAAAGGCGAUGAAAGUGUUGAAGAUAAUGGAGUUAAAGACAAUGAAGGGCUGUUGAGAAGGGGGUUCUUGUUUAACUUCAACUGGUCUGCUAUUGACUGUGAAGUUUGUUUGGACAGUGGUGGAAAAUGUGGGUUCAGCAUGGCCACUAUUCCUUAUCAGUUCAGGUGUUAUUGCCCGGACAGACCUCAUCGAGAGAGCUGCAAACCUAAUCGAAAGACGAAAUUAGGACUCAUUCUAGGCUUAGUUGGUGCUGCAUGUGUCUUGUUGAUCUUUGCCAUCUUACUCCUAUUAUGGCGUCGCAAGAAAUGGGUUAAUGGUUUGUCGUAUAUCCUAUCAAGAAACUCCUCAAAACUAGAACUUGAAGAUGACAGUGUCUAUUUAGGAUUAUCUGUUUUCUCUUAUUCUGAACUUGAAGAAGCCACCAAGAACUUUGAUUCCUCUAAAGAACUUGGAGACGGAGGUUUUGGAACCGUAUACCAUGGCAAACUUCGCGAUGGAAGAGAAGUUGCAGUGAAACGUCUAUAUGAGCACAACUAUAAGCGAAUGGAACAAUUUAUGAAUGAGGUUGAGAUUCUUACCCGUUUGAGGCAUCCAAAUCUCGUUACCCUCUAUGGCUGCACAUCUAGGCGUAGUCGUGAGCUUCUUCUUGUUUAUGAGUACGUUCCUAAUGGCACAGUUGCUGAUCAUCUUAAUGGACAUAGAGCAAACGAUAAGCACCUCACCUGGGCACUCCGAAUGAACAUUGCCAUUGAAACCGCUGAGGCAUUGGCCUACCUCCACGCUUCUGAUAUAAUUCACCGUGAUGUAAAGACUAACAACAUACUCCUUGAUCAUAACUUCUCUGUCAAAGUCGCAGAUUUUGGACUCUCCAGGCUGUUCCCGAAUGAUGUCACUCAUGUCUCGACUGCUCCACAGGGUACUCCUGGCUAUGUUGAUCCAGAAUAUCAUCAAUGUUACCAACUUACUGAUAAAAGUGAUGUGUACAGCUUCGGCGUUGUCCUCAUUGAGCUCAUCUCGUCAAUGCCUGCAGUUGAUAUUAGCAGGCACAGACAUGAGAUCAACCUAGCCAACUUUGCUAUAAACAGGAUCCAAAGAUGUGCGUUUGACGAUUUGAUUGAUCCAUCUCUCGGGUACAAGACUGAUGCUGAGAUUUUGAGAAUGACAACAUCAGUAGCAGAGCUGGCUUUUCGAUGCUUGCAGGGUGAGAAAGAAAUGAGGCCUGCAAUGGAGGAAGUCCUGGAAUCCUUGAAAGAGAUACAGAACUUCAAAGAAACCUUACCUGAGAAUGCUAAUGGCACCUUAGAAGAGUUUAACAAGACCAGGAACAAUCCAAGCGGCGUUGCUGCAUUCUCACCGGAUUCGGAUGAUAGAGUAUUGUUAAAGAACGUAAAGUUCCCUACUUCUCCAGUUUCUGUUACAGGUUUGUGGGUAAGUAGCUCUAGUACUACUACUGCAAAUUCCAGUAGCUGA